UCACGAAUGGCAACAAAAAUUCCCGUUACGAAAUAUUUUCGACCAUUCAUACCGCCGCUGCCAGCAGGUACAAAGAUCCAUAAUGACUUAUUUUGGGAUGUAUAUAUUUAUCGACCGUACUGUCGUUUGCUGGAGCGCGUUGGAGUGUAUUUAUACAAUCGGGUAAUUAAUCGUCUCGAAAUUGGUGUGCAAGACAAAUGUUAUAAUCCUAGAGUUCAUGGCCCGUAUUGUCCUUGGAGAUAUUAUGGAACCAAAAGAGACACGAAAUUAAUGGACGUGAAAUUGUGUGACUUGACCUCUUGGUUUUCUCGUCGUGAUAAAUCAAUUGGUGGUAUUGCCAAUUCUGUCGUUAAAACGUUUUAUAGAUUCGAUCAUUACUAUUUCGAUCAUUAUUUGAUUAAUGUGCCACGAUUUUUCAUGCGUUUCGUCCUUCUUUUAUAUCUUGCUGGAGUAGUACUGUUCUACGACGAAAUUCCAGUAUCUGUCGCUAGAUACCAUUGGUGA